AUGGAGAAUGACUUAACAUUUGUUUGUAUCAGUGAUACUCAUUGUUAGAAUGUUCCACUACCUCCAGGAGAUGUCUUAAUACACUGUGGAGACUUUACUAAAAAAGGUUCAAAAGAAGAAAUUCUAGCUUUUAUUUAAUGGUUGAUUAAAUAGCCAUUUAAAUAUAAAAUUGUUAUUGCUGGUAAUCACGAUCUAUCAUUGGAUAAAGAAUCCUAUCAAUCAAAACUAAAAGAAUAUCAUCAUAAAGGCUUGAAUUUUAAUGAUGAAGAAUUGCGAUAGACACUAAAAGAUAAUUGCAUAUAUCUAUUAAAUUCUUCAGUUGUAAUUGAGGGCAUUAAGAUUUGGGGUAGUCCUUAUUCAUUAGAGUUUCAUACUUGGGCCUUUUAAUUGAAGAGUGAAGAUGCUGAAGUGUUUUGGUCUUAAAUCGAAGAAGAUAGUGAUAUUAUUGUUACCCAUGGCCCUCCUUUGAAUCAUGGCGAUCAGGCUAAUAUUUAAGGAUAACUAAAGAAUGUAGGAGAUGAAGCAUUGUUAAAAAGAGUAUUUAUAAAUUAAACCUAAAUACCAUCUUUUUGGUCAUAUUCAUGA